AAAUGUUUGUUUCUUCUAGUUUCUAAAUUAACAAAGUAUUUUUUAAAAAUUCUUUUAUAAUUUUUUAUCAAGAUUCAGAUGAUCAAAUUUAGCGGGAUGUUUCAGUUCAUGUUUUGGUUACUUGUAGCUAAGGUUUUUUUUUGUUUUGUUUGGUUCUGUUUUUUUGUGGUUUCUUUGGAAUACCAUUAGAGAUCCGAGUACUUUACCAUUUUAUGUCCGUUAGUUAGCUCCUGAAGUUUUGAUAAGGGCAAAUAAGAAAAUGUAAUGUGCUUUUUCCAUUUGUAGGUACUCGAGUCAGAAAAUGCUACUUUCCUUUUGAGAUGGUGUGUGUGUGCGUGUGUAUAGAACUUGAAUUGUGAUCUCAAAUGAGUAACAGGUGGAGUAAACUAAGCCUCAGCAAGAGUUUGUGUCAGGAGCGCAUGUGGUCAAUUUAUUGUCAGUACAAUACAGGGUGCAGUCAGGUGAGGACGUGCAUGCACAAACCUGCUUUGUACUGUAGAGGGUUUGACUGAGGGAAUGUGAACCUGAACUGACAUGAAAAGAGAACACCACCUAUAGAAAAACUUUUCAUAAGAGUGCCACCUGUAUGCAUUGUAAGCAUAUAGGAAAUAGUUUGUACCACAAUGGUAGUGGUCUGGGCUUCUGCAAAUCCCUUGGCUCAAUCGAGACAAAAGCUGUGAAAUGUUUAGCUCCACCCACUUUGAUUUUGCCAAAAAACAAGUACAACAUUUUGCAGAGCUUUCGGAAGAGUAAAAUAUUUUUCAGAAUAAAUAAAGCAGAGAUGCUGCACCAUUUGCCUGGAAUGAUGUCGCUCAUGGUAACUGACUCAACUGACCGUAUCUUUUACAAACAAUGAACAAAUCUGUUAAAACUUGGUACACUUAAUCAUUGGACCAAUUUAAAUGGUUGCACCCAAUAGCAUGCAAAUAUUCCACAGUGGUGUGCUAUAGCGUCCCAAUAGCUGUUUCUCAUGAACUGAUUCUUCUGAUUAAGUUGACAUAUUUUUAAAAUCUUUUUUUUCUUUUUCUUUUGUUUUCUUUUCUCUCUUCUCCUUUAACAAAUCAGUAACACUGGCUUCCAGGACAAGAAUAUUGUGUCUGGGCUAUUCAUUGAUUUAUUUUAGUUUAUAUAUAUUUUUUUAUAAUUGUUUGGUGGACAAGUAGGCUCAGUAGUUUAUAGACUACUUGCUUUAGAAUUUCACAAAACAAAAGCUUUUUUCCCCUUUUUUCUUUUGGCAUGCAUGUUUAACAAAAAUGCGCUUUACAAUUAAGGUGGCACCACACGUGUCAGCUUUUUACUAUAUGUAUUAAUUUGCUGGCAUGAAUAACAUGGCCUUUUGAGAAUCAGGACCAUGCAGGUUUGUUAGGGAAAAACUCACAAAGCUAAGCAAUAUAAAGUGCAGCACUAAGCUGUCAUAUAGCGCCCAUGCUAGCACAACCUUGCGUAAAAAAAUAAAGAUGCUAGCCAGACUCUUGUAUGUGUGAUUUGAAAAGAAACCUUCACAGCUCGUAGCCAAACACUGGCUAAUGACUUACUAACUUUUUUUGUGAAGUUGCUGAGACACUUUCUUGCCUGAUGGGGUAGGUAAUGAUUUUAAGAUUUCUGCAUUCCUGGUCUUGUGGUUUUAUUUUGAGGGGGAAAAAAACAUGGCUAUCAUUGGCCAUGGCUAGCUUUUAACAUAUUUUCAUGAAAAUUGUUCAGAGAGAAGUAGUGAUGGCAGCAGAAAAGACGAUGAUUUUUGGUUCUGGAUGAGGUCUGGCAUUUUGAUUUGUAUGACUUCAUGCAGUUGAGUUCAUGGUGGCCAAAAUUGAAAAUUGUUUUGUGGGGUUGAAAGAGUUGUCUGCUGAGACUGGUGAACACACAUCAAUAGGUGGUGCUGUGGCAGUCAUUCAGUAUUAAGUCUACUUAUGAAUUAGUGCUUGGACCCCAAAGAUUGUUUGUGGGAUGCUUUUUUUUUUUUUCUUUCUUUCUUUUUUCUUCCAUCUCCCCCUCAUUUGAAUAAUUUGUAUUAAAAAUUAUUUUCCUACUGUAUGAACCCUUCCCUCAACAUUUUACAUUCUGUGUGUUUACAGGGGCACUGUCUAUCAUAACCUUGAAAAUGUCUAGACUUGUUUAAAGCAUUUGAAGCAUGUUCCAUACUUCUGUCAAACAGUAGUGAGAGCAGUGCAGACAUGGUGAGAGGCUGGUGGUGAGAAGCUGAGGGUGGAAAAAGAAAUAAACAAAGAACAAGCGCGAGAGAGAGAGAGAGAGAGAGAGAGAGAGAGAUUGUGUGUGUGUGUGUGAGAUCAGUGGGAGUGGACAGGGGAGGAGUGCGCUCACUGGCUCUUUGGAAGCUGAGUACUAGAGCAAGUGUGUAAAGUUUGCUCAAACUUUUCCUUUGGUAAACUCUUCUGUCGAAGUAUAACUACGUGUCUGACCAGUGACUUUUUGCCCAGGUAGGAAAUUACUCUCAAAGAAGGAGCCCACAUAGAACCACAGGAAGAGAAAGCAGGAGCGCUGGAGGAGCCAGAGUCGAGACCCGCUUAACACAUCUGUCGACAACAUGGGUGAGGAGGGGCCUCCCAGUUUGGAGUACAUCCAGGCCAAGGACCUGUUCCCCCAGAAAGAGCUGGUCAAAGAAGAUGACAGUCUACAGGUGCCUUUCCCAGCGCUUCAAGGCGAAGGGGUGGAGUUUCUGGGCCGUGCCGAUGAUGCAAUCAUUGCCAUCUCGAACUACAGACUGCAUAUUAAAUUCAAAGACUCCAUUAUCAAUGUGCCUCUCAGGCUGAUUGAGAGUGUGGAGAGCAGAGAUAUGUUCCAGCUGCACAUCAUCUGUAAGGACUCCAAAUUAGUGAGGUGUCACUUCUCCACGUUUAAGCAGUGUCAGGAGUGGCUGAAGAGGCUGAAUCGAGCUAUAGCUCACCCCUCGCGCCUGGAGGACCUGUUCGCUCUGGCCUACCAUGCAUGGAGCCUCGGGGGCUGUGCUGAUGACGAAGACCAGCACCUACAUCUCUGCAGACCAGGUGAUCAUGUUCGUCACAGGAUGGAGAUGGAGGUGAGGAGAAUGGGCUUUGACAUGCAGAAUGCUUGGAGAGUGUCCGACAUCAACAGCAACUACAAACUUUGCUCCAGUUAUCCUCAGAAGCUCUUGGUGCCGGUGUGGAUCACAGAUAAAGAACUGGAAAGUGUGGCCUCUUUCAGGUCCUGGAAGAGAAUCCCAGUAGUGGUGUACAGGCACCUGAAGAAUGGUGCAGUGAUAGCACGCUGCAGCCAGCCUGAGAUCAGCUGGUGGGGAUGGAGGAACACUGAGGACGAGUACCUGGUCACAUCUAUCGCCAAAGCCUGCGCACUGGAUCCAGGACCCCGGGCAUCCUGCAGGAUACGAGGGGACGGGGCAGACACUUCCGACUGCGACUUCGACUCCACCCUGGCGGUGGGUUCCGGUCCUGAUGCCAGCACUGCACCACAAAAGCUGCUGAUCCUGGAUGCACGAUCCUACACUGCUGCAGUGGCCAACCGCGCCAAGGGGGGUGGCUGUGAGUGUGAAGAGUACUACCCUAACUGUGAGGUGAUGUUCAUGGGCAUGGCUAAUAUCCACUCCAUCAGGAACAGUUUCCAGUCUCUGAGAGCUGUGUGCAGUCAAAUCCCUGAUCCUGGCAACUGGCUCUCUGCACUAGAGAGCACACGCUGGUUGCAGCACCUGUCCGUCAUGCUGAAGGCGGCCACUCUGGUGAGUUCUGCUGUGGAGAGAGAGGGACGUCCAGUACUAGUACACUGCUCUGACGGCUGGGACCGCACGCCCCAGAUUGUGGCUCUUGCUAAGGUCCUGCUUGACCCCUACUACAGAACCAUUGAGGGUUUCCAGGUGCUGGUAGAAACGGAGUGGCUGGAUUUUGGUCAUAAAUUUGCCGACCGCUGCGGUCACUGCGAGAACGUGGAAGACGUGAACGAGCAAUGCCCGGUCUUCCUGCAGUGGCUCGACUGCGUCCAUCAGCUCUUGAAACAGUUUCCCUGCCUGUUCGAGUUCACCGAGGCCUUUCUGGUGAAGCUGGUGCAGCACACGUACUCUUGUCUGUAUGGAACAUUCCUGUGUAAUAACGCCCGGGAACGAGAAUCUCGAAACAUCUACAAGCGGACCUGCUCUGUCUGGUCCCUGCUCCGUGCCGGCAACAAGAACUUUCAAAACUUUCUCUACAUCCCCACCCAUGACAUGGUCUUGCAACCGGUGUGUCACACGCGAGCGUUGCAGUUGUGGACGGCUGUGUACCUGCCCACCUCGUCCCCGUGCACCGCAGCCGAGGACACUAUGGAACUCUACCUGAGCCCCUCGUCGCAGGGAGAGGAGCUCACGUCACGCUCGCUCGACAGGCUACCCAAGACGCGUUCAAUGGAAAACUUGGUAUGCGCUUUUGAAAAUGGCGUAGCCCUCACCCGCACUUCCAGCGAUCCCAACCUCAACAAGCACUGCCAAGAGGGACGGCCCCCUCUGGAGCCAAUGAUGGGCCAGGGUGCCAGUUUCACAGACAACCUAGAGUUUACCUCUGACAUCAAACUGUGUAGUGAGGACCAGGAAGUGGGUACAUGUGAGGAGACUCCACCCUCGCUCUCUCCAAAGUCUGAUCAGGACAGCUGUGCGAAUACCGAGCCAGAAUUGUGUCUCACCACACAGCCCUUGCCAUCAUUGCCUCAUCCUUUAACGUUAGACCCGGUUUCUCCUCGGUCACAAGCCCCGCCUGUUUUACACCAAACUUUGCUUCAAAUCACCAGCCCUCCCCUCCCACCAUUACCACAGGAAGUGCAGGAUAGGACUAUUAAUACCACUUACAUGUUCACUACUACUGAGGAACCACCUAAUGCUCUGAUCUCAAAUGGCAUAGAGAAAGAAAAGAGCACCACUGAGACAUUUGGGUUUCCUUCACCUACUGCUGCAGAGCUUUUAGAGUUCAAAAAAAUUACUACAGUUGUCCAAUUGGAGGAUUCCACUGAAACCUUAAAGGAUGAGUAUGGCCCAAUGACUGAGCUGAAUUUUGUUCAGAAGGUCAACACUGGAAAGACUCCGGUCUCAGCCCUGGCUACAAAUGAUGAAAAGUGGGCUCAGAGUGUUAAGAAACUCCUCCGUGCCCAAUCUGGGAGUACCAACGGAGGGUACAGAGAGAGUCAACGAAAUCUGAGCAGUCCAGUCCAGCCUGGUUGGAUGUCGGCCGUGAAAAACGCUUCACUCUGCAAUUCUCCGUCCUUUUCCUCGGCCUUGGGACCAUCAUUCCGGCAGAUUCCGUCAGCAGCUCACUGCGUGGACGACGACGGCCUGCCGGUGCCGCUGGACGCCGUACAGCAAAGACUACGCCAGAUCGAGGCAAGCUACAAGCAGGAGGUGGAGGUGCUGCGGCGGCAGGUCAAGCAGCUGCAGAUGAAACUGGAGAGCAGGCAACACAGCUCGCCACCAUCCGAGCCAGACAUCUACUACGAGGACGACAUUACAUGCCUCCGAGAAUCAGAUGAUGGCGAUGAAGAGGACUCUUUGUCAGCCCACAGUGAAGACCGCCUCAGCGAGGGCAGCUGGGAUCGAGUAGAGAGAAAAGAUACCGAGGUUACCAGAUGGGUUCCAGACCAUAUGGCCUCGCAUUGCUUCAGCUGUGACAGCGAGUUCUGGAUUGCUAAGAGACGCCAUCACUGCAGGAACUGUGGAAAUGUGUUCUGUAAAGACUGCUGCCACCUGAAGCUGCCCAUUCCCGAUCAGCAGCUUUACGAUGCAGUGCUCGUGUGUAACUCGUGCUACGACCUGCUGCUGGAAAGUCGAACGCGGGAACUUCGCUCACAGCAGCUUAAAAAGCCCAUUGCCACGGCCUCGAGCUGAGCACGCUAAUCAGAUUCCCACCCUAUGGGCUUCCCAGGCCCCCUUACAUGGGUGCCCUGAGAGUCACCUGCUGUUUUUUGCAGAGAUGCAACGCCUGCGCUGGUUAGUGAGGAUUCAUGGGUGUUUGUGAGCUGAAGCACUGUAAGGAAGUGGGCAAACAAAAACUGGACUGAGUCGGGGAACGGAUUGAUGACUGAAUGGAGUCUGAAAGAGAGAAAGAAGUGAAGAUUUUUUUUUUUUUUUUUUUUUUUUUUUUUAAAU